GAACAAUUAAAUUCUUGUCAAUCUUUUAAAAUUAAAGUAAAAUUAAAAUGGAUGAGCAAAAGAUCGAGUCAACUGCUGCUCAUGUGAUCGAGGAGAAUGAUGUUGUCGCUGCUGCUGAUGACGAGGAGGAGUUUUAUGAGAAGAUAGAAGCACCAAAGUUUGUCGAUUUUACUAAACCGUAUACUUUUCGUACUGAUGAUCGAUACUGGUUCUGUUCCAGAGUUGGUUGUGAUCAAAAGCAUGAGCAGGAAAUAAACCAUGAAGAGAUCUCUAAAAACUUUGUUCUUCGGGUCCUGGCUGCAAGAAGUCCCAACAUUAAGCUUCGAAAAGCACUAAACAAGGACCAGUCCAGCUUGAAGUGUCCACUUUCAGCUCCUGCAAAACCCUCCAAGCCCAGGAUACCGAAGUUACUAAUGGCGUCUCAUUUGACUUCAGACAAGAAUGGUGGUGACCCACAAAGCAAGAUCCGGCCUUGUUCAAAAGCUGGUUCCACCCCAGUGAUUAAGUCAAGGCCAGUGGCUGCCAAGUAUAUGACAACACCAAGGAACAAAAUGUGUCAACCCAAUCCCAACUCUUUCCGAAGUGUUCAGAAUCCAAAGGCGACCACGAUUGACAUGCCUAAAACUCGAACAAUUGCCAAGGCUCUUGUUUUUCACUCUCCUAAGAAGGCUAUUUGUGUUAAGAAAUCUGUUGAACUGCAUACACCUUUAAGAAAGAUUUGUGAAGGGAUGAAGAGACUUGAAAUAGGAAGUCAAAAGAAGAUAUUAAAGGGUACAAAAUUGAAGCCCAAAAAACCAGAAACUGAAGAUUCAUCUAGAAAAUUGAAGGUCUGCAAGAGUGACAAAAAGUCAAAAGAUUUAGCAGCUUCCAAGUCUACAAAAGCUCAGAACAAGAUCACAAGCUCCAAAAAUGUUGAAAAUGAGUCCAGUGAGAUCGAUGUUGAUGUGAAGUUAAUCGAUGGUUCUACACCUGAGGUUAAGAGCGAAGGAGGUCCGUUACAGCCAGAAACUUCCGACUCUUCAAAUGCCCUUGUGUUGAGAGCUGAAACGAACGAUUUGCCAUAUGUAGAAGAUAAAGAGAAUAUGGCCAUUGAUGUGAAACUAAUCGAUGGUUCUACAUCUGACUUUAGCAAGACAGAAGAGGAUCAUCCGCCACAAGCAACUUCUGACAUAGAGGCUGUGGGAAAAGCCGGAGAUCAUUCAAAUGAAGUGGUAGCAGGACAGAUGGAUGAUGAUGACGAUGUUGGUAAAGAAAAUGCUUUAAAUCCUGAUGAUAACAACAGAUCUAACAACCAGCCAUUGGGUGAUAAGAAUCUCACCAAAGACGUAUAUAAAAAGAACAAGGUUAUACAAACUUCUGGUCCUGCCUGUAUGAAAUGCAAAAAGCCAAAACCUACCAACAUCAAGCCGUUUAGGUUAAGAACUGAUGAAAGAGGAAUUCUUAGAGAAGCUCUUCUGGAGAAAAAGCUUCAUGUUACUGCUCCUGCAAAAGAUGAUUUGAAAGAUACAAGUGUGCUCAAAAAGACGUAUCGGGUUCCAGUGAAAAAAAAUGAUAACUGUGGGAAGGAAACAAGUGCAGUGGGAUCAAAACCAGUCACUAAAAUUACACAAAAACGCCCUGAAUCGUCACAGCAAAGACCCAGAUAUAUGACUAGCUUAAGGACAAGAUCAGCUCAAGGGAUUGUUUCACCUCAGAAAACAAGGACGCCAUUUCAGCAACUUGAUGUGAUAAAGGAGAAAUCUUGUAAAUUAACAAGUGAUGUUGUUGUGGCAGAGAUCAAAACUAGCGCAGCUUCUACUACAAGAUCUACCUCACGGGGAAAGCGGCCUGUGACAAUUGCUAAAGAACCAAACUUUCACACCUCACAUCGGCCAAGAGCUUGCUUAAAGAACAUUGCCUAAGGAUUAAGCUUAUGUUGUGUGUAAAGAUCCAAUAGGUCAAUCAUUCAUUGAAUUCACUUUUUUUUUUUUGUAUCUCCAUGUCAUAUUUGAUUUGGUUUGACUGAUUGUUUUUAGCCAAUUUGUUUUAAAUUUACUGCUACAAAAAUUUUGUAGCCAUUUAUGCCA